UUGUUUCAUGGGCCCAGAUGCCAUGCAAACAUUCGCCAACACUUAUCAUCCCUAUACACAGCACGAUAUACUGUACACGCCCGGCUCAUCAGAUUGAGCAUCUUGAACGCUUGAAGACGGGACAUGACUAUCGUGCAACUUCAUUAGGCCACUCAAUUUAGUCGAAAGACAACAUGCGUUUAGGAAUACUACCCACUGUCACCCUACUGACGAUCCUCCUAGCAGGACGAGUCUCAGCAGACCAAGUCCCCAUCCAACCAUCUAAAAAGGGCCUCGACAUACCGCCCAUUGGCCUCGGCCUAUGGAAUUCGAAGGACGAAGAUGCAACCAAGGCCGUCGAGUACGCCUUCGAAGCCGGCUACAUCCACCUCGACUCGGCCGCAGCAUACAACAACGAAGAGUACGUCGGCCGCAGCCUCAAUUCUUCCUCCUCGUCCUCUAGCCAUCUUCCACCCCGACACAAAUACUGGGUAACGUCCAAACUCUGGAACACAGCCCACCGACCCAAACUGGUUGCGCCUGCCCUGAACAAAACCCUCUCCGACCUAGCCAUCCCUUAUCUAGACCUCUACCUUAUGCACUGGCCCGUAGCCUUUCUCCCGAACGAGGCUCCCGGGCGCACCGUCAUCGACCAGGACACCAGCAUCCUCGACACAUGGCGCGCCAUGGAAGACCUCGUUCGGGCCAAUAUGACUCGGUACAUUGGCGUGAGCAACUUCUCUCCGCGCCAACUCGACGAGGUUCUCAAACACUGUGACAUCUGCCCAUACGCACACGAAUUCGAGACGCACCCUUACCUUCAGCAGCAGGAGUUCGUGGACUGGCAUGCGAAGAACAACCUCACCGUCAUUGCCUACAGUCCACUCGCGAAUAUGAAUCCCACUUACAAGGAUAAGUACCCAAAGAUCGAUCCCAUCCUAGACGAUCCGUUCUGGAAAGAAAUUGCCAGCGAGAAGAAAUGUACGACUGCACAGGCGAUUUUGGCGUGGGGAAUACAGAGGGGAACAGUUGUGAUCCCGAAAAGUGUACAUGAGGAGAGGAUCGUUGAGAACCUGGGAAGUCUGAAUGUCACCUUUUCGAAGAAAGAAAUGCGAAAGAUCGAGAUGCAAGAUAAACGAUCGCGCUUCAAUAAUCCUUCAAAGGGUUGGGGUGUCGAACUAUUUGAAGGACUGGACGACGGCACCAAUAGGUUCUUCUGGCCACAGGAAGAGCUAUGAUCAGCUGCAAUGAAAUCAUGGGCUUAGCUGUUGGGAGGAUGUAAUAGCUGGGAUAUAAAGCGCAAAGGUAGAGAAAUGAUGCCAUGUGUACGUUUCUUUCGGUAGGCGAUACGCCAGGUAAUGCGAUACUGUCUGACUCG